UUCCACUCUGCACAAGCUGCUAUAAUUUAUUCAUUCUGUCUUAGAUAUGAACCCAAAAAAUGAGCCAGGAGUUGUGGCACGAUAUUCUGAAAAAGAUGAGGCAGAUUGGAGGGACACAUAUCAGGGACAAGUGCCAGUUGUUUUCGGGUUACAGGUAAAUUGACUCGUUUGACACUUGCCCUUUGAGUCCCAGUCCUCAGCAAGAGCUCGUCUUGAAAUUCGCCGCCUACCACCAUCUAAUGUAAGUCAAAUUGGUCAAAAAUUCUGCUCCGAUAUAUAGCUACAGCUGGCUCCGCGCACUUCGAGAUCAGAUCCUGUCCAGGAUGAUGUGUUUCCGUACUUUCACCCCAUAUUUUGGAUUAUCUAAUCUCCUUGACGAAUGUGUUCUAGCUCAUCUGCCCCUGGAAGGCAGCGUUUCGUAGCGUGCAGAGGCCGUUCAGGCAGGACUGCAAAAUGAGAUAGUGCCCAGUUCGUUCUAUGCCCCUCCGUUUGGGAUUUGGAUGUCAGAUUUUUGAUCCUGGCUCAACUCGGACUCGAUAGGUAGAUGUCAUCGUGGAUAGCCAAGUUCCUCAAUGGUGAGUUUCGGAGAGGCUGAUGGCAUCAGACCAUCCGAGUCAUCUCACGGUUGACGAGAGAUGAGAAACUUGCAGUCAACCACCACCACUCCACUGUCACAAGACAACAUCCCAAUCUCCCUAGCUUGAUCUUUAUUCAUAUUCUUCGAAUUGGGCAGUUAGUGACGGCCGAACUUCCCCGCGGCGAUGGUACAAUCAGCCAUUCGCCUUUGACCACUUGCGGUUCAAUCUGGAGACCGUUCUGUACAUGCUCUUUCCGCGCUUCAACGCAUUCGGCUGCGAUGGAAUCCGUCCCGACCACAACCAUCUCUGAGCGCUUCUGCGCGCCCGACCAUGAUGUGAUCAUCCAGUCGUCUGACGAUGUUCUCUUCAAGCUCCAUCGCAAAAACCUGGAGGUCCACUCGCUUGUCUUCUCCGACGCCGCGGCGGUGACAGGAUCGGUCAUUGAAAACAAGGACGAGAUCGUCGAGCUCUCGGAGGACUCGGCCACCUUGGACGUCCUGUUUCGGUACAUGUACAAUCAGCCGCAGCCCGACUUGUCUGCGGUCGACUUCCUCGUGGUCACCCGGCUGGCCGUCGCGGCUGAGAAGUAUACAGUCAACGCAGCGAUCCCUGCGAUCCUCAUCCAUAUGACAAGAUCCUUGGAAGAUCACCCUCUUCAUGUGCUGGACUACGCUUUUCGUAACGACAAUGCCAAGCUCGCCAACGCCGCUGCCGAAUUGACCGUUGGAUUGUCGGUGUGCGAUGCCCACAGUCUCCUGUCCCAGGAUGCGUUCGCCGCAUGGAUUUUGUAUUACGAUCGCUGGUCCAAAGGUGUUAGGGCUCUUCUCAGUGCCCUGAUCGACAAGAACGUAGCACAGCCAAUCUACUCGCGGACCGGGGGCGUCAGCUACCCAGUAUCUCAGUCUACCCUCGCAACCGUCGCUCGAUGGAAGUUUGCAGAAGUACGCUCGCAGCGCUCUCUUUACAACAUUGUCGAUUUAUCCGACGAUUUCCUCGACCACACUUUUAUCUAGUCAAUCAUUUCUCCCACCCUUGAAUCGAACUGGACGAGUGAAACUGCAGUAAUCGAGCUUCCCGGUCCGCACGCCCGAGCAAUUUUGCGGCGUCCACGAGUCAAUGUGGGUAGAAGUCUCGAUCGCGUGAGGGCUGCAUCGCGUUGUUUGAGAAGAGGAUCAUGUGCGGAGGCGCUAAGACUCUGAGCUUCUCAUACUGUCGUUCAUUCUUCAGAGGCCUUGGGAGCAGUCUGGGGCAGGGGUGGUUGUGUGCGAGUAAACGCACCGCUCUGUGCACACGAAGGGGAAAAUACGGAACCACCCCUCCUCAUUGGACCUGUGGUUGGCUACGAAGCAGCAGCUGAUCUUCGCGCGAUGGGCGGCGCAAACCAUGACUGCGAAUCAGAGAGGGGAGUAUCCGGUGAUCGCGGUGCCCGGCGGUCCGCCAUGCCGGGAGGACGCUUCCUUAAAAGCCCGGCAUAUGAUAUAUAUAUACAGGCAAAGUCAAGUCAACAGUAGGACGGUUAUGCUAUAGUUACAUCGAAAAGAGAUGAGUAGGCGGAUACAGAUUAGAGUUGGAGGUUACAAUACACGAGUUUCCAUGAGCUACAAAGGAAUACGGCAGCGGGGUACAGCUAAAAGACAGACAGAGAAGACAUUUCGUGGCGAAUUUUAGGCGGGGAGGAGGAGUGGGAAUGCAGAUGGACGAAUGAAUCGCUCAAGAGCGGGUCGAGCGAAUGAGAACGCGAGGGCCAAGCAUGACACCACCGGUCAUGACCCGCGUGACCCCACCCUUAUACAGGUACGCAGUGAGAUCGGUCGUGCGCGGCGAUACGCGCUUCGCUGGCCGAGCAGCACGGGGAGAGGCAGCAGUGGGAAGCACACGUGUAGGCUUCGGGGGCGUGGCGGGGGGUGAAGCGGCGUUGCUGUUCGAGUACGCCGUGUACGACGACGCGCCGCUGUCGCUCUCCAGAUCCGAGACAUCGCCGUCGUCAGACGAGCUGUCGGAAGAGUGGCUGUCGGACGAGAAGAGCAGACUGGGGAUCCGGAUGGGCUCGAUCUCGAUCGAUUGCUGGCGACGAUGGGCGCGCACGCGCGCGGAGAGCACGACGGAGCGGAGCGACAGUCGACAGCGGGCAUCGGGCGACUGAGAGUGCGCGUGUUGCCUCACGCUUCGGGAGAUCGGGACGAUGCUGCCCUGCGCCUCUUCGCUCCAGACACUGACGACCGCACCGUCCCCGACACGGGCUCUGACGUAGCCAGGCCCAAAAGAGAGGACGAUGGCGCUGUCCGUGCUGCCACCGAGGGCGGUAUACCAUGCUGACCAUGGGACAUUGGCGCCGACGGAUGCGGCGAGAAGAGCGGGGGGAAGGGUGCAGUCCGAGGCUAGCGUGAAAGUCGUGGCAGAACUGGAGGUAGCCAGGGACGCGUGGAGGAUGAGCUGGGCUGAGGAGAUACGCGCGGCAGGGAACACGCCGGCCAGGGGGCGGGUGAGGUAGGCAACGACGUGAGGAAUGGGAGAGGUAGACAUGGCAAAGUAAGUGGGUAUCGUCCGGCGAUCGAGGAGAUG